UUCUCUCUCUCGCUCUCUCUCUCUGGUGUGUGGAAAAAUGGCCAACUUAGCCACUUCAGUACUUAUGCUAUGGUUAAGCUUGGUAUCUUAUUCUUACAUUGUGCAUGUCACGGCACAAUGGUCUAGUGGAUGCUCAACCAGGUUCUAUGAUUUCAAGGUUCAAAGCAUGAGAAUCACAAAACUUUGCAACACCAGGAACAUCGUCACAGUGAACAGAAUAUUUCCAGGACCAGUGAUAUAUGCCCAAGAAGAUGAUAGAAUUAUUGUCAAAAUUACAAAUGAGACACCAUACAACACUACAAUCCACUGGCACGGAAUAAGACAAAGACUAUCCUGCUGGUUCGACGGGCCUUCGUACAUUACACAAUGUCCAAUUCAGGCUGGACAGUCUUUCACGUAUGAGUUCACAAUGGUGCAGCAAAAGGGAACCUUUUUCUGGCACGCUCAUGUUUCUUGGCUCAGGGCUACAGUUUAUGGUGCUUUUGUGGUAUAUCCUAAAACUGGGGUUCCUUUCCCAUUUAAGGACCCGUAUGAGGAGCAUAUCAUAAUCCUAGGGGAAUAUUGGAAUCAGGACGUGGUAGAACUUGAGCUCAACACCACAGCAAGCGGUGGAAGUCCUCCGGUGGCUGAUGCUUAUACAAUUAAUGGUCACCCUGGCCCAAACUACAAUUGCUCCAACAAUGAUGUGUAUAAGAUCGAUGUGGUUCCCGGGAAGACGUAUCUGUUAAGGCUGAUUAACGCAGGCUUAAACUCGGAGAACUUUUUUGCAAUUGCUAAUCACAAACUAACCAUUGUUGAAGCUGAUGCUGAAUACACAAAGCCAUUCACCACAGACCGUGUGAUGCUUGGACCAGGCCAGACCAUAAACGUCCUUGUCACUGCAGAUCAGCCAAUAGAAAAGUAUUCCAUGGCAAUGGGGCCCUACAGUUCUGCAAAAGGUGCUGCAUUCCAAAAUAUAUUAGCCAUUGCCCAUUUCCAAUACUCAGGUGCUGUAACUAAUAGUGUAUUUUUACCUGCUCAACUCCCAAGAGUGGGUGAUAAUCUUGCUGUCAAGACUGUCAUGGAUGGGCUAAGGAGCCUGAAUAAGGUGAAUGUUCCUAAAGAAAUUGACACAAACUUAUUCAUCACCAUUGGACUAAAUGUCCAAAGAUGUCAUUCCAAGACACCCAAGCAAAAUUGUCAAGGCCUUAACAAUGGGGUCAUGGCGGCAUCCAUGAACAACAUAAGCUUUAUAAAGCCCAGGAUUUCGCUUUUGGAAGCUUACUAUAGAAAGAUUAAUGGUUCUUUUACUGACGACUUUCCUGGGGUACCCAUAGAGUACUAUGACUUUGUAAAUGGAGCACCUAAUAAUAUUCCCAACAACACACAGUCCUUGAAUGGGACUAGGGUCAUGGUCCUGGAAUAUGGGACCAGAGUGCAGCUGAUUUUGCAGGACACUGGGACAGUCACCACUGAGAACCACCCAAUUCAUCUCCAUGGCUUUAGCUUCUAUGUUGUAGGGUAUGGCAGUGGGAACUAUGAUCCACAAACUGCAAAUUUCAACUUGGUUGAUCCACCUUACAUGAACACCAUUGGAGUUCCUGUAGGUGGAUGGACUGCAAUUAGAUUUGUCUCUGACAAUCCAGGGGUUUGGUUCAUGCAUUGUCACUUAGAUGUACAUCAGUCGUGGGGAUUAGGCACAGCUUUCAUCGUGAAGAAUGGGAAAGGAAAUCUGGAGACACUUCCUCACCCUCCGGCAGACCUGCCGCGGUGCUAAACUGCAUUUAGAUAAUUCAGAAAUCUCACUAAUCAAUCAACUAUUGUGUAAUGUCUGCAAGGUUGAUCCAUUUCUUUUAGAACAUGUAAUUGUGGUUCUGAUCAAAGAGCAAACAGAUUAAUUUGAUGAUCAAUAAAACUGCAAAAGUUAAUUUUC